AUGGAGAGCACUCGCGCUACGUUGAACCUGUACACCCCGAUCAGCGAGAGGAGCUGUGUGAGUCCAUCCCUCUCACACUGCAGGGGCCCAUCUCCCCCCUCUAAAUCCCCGCAGGAGCACCAACGAGGACUGACCUCUGAGUGUAAGGAGGAGGAUCCAGCUGGAGCAGAGCAGCGAGGUCAAGCAGACAGAUUCGGCCUGACGGAGUUAAAAGAAACCCUCAAAGCCUUGGAUGAGUCCUCCGAGUUCUGGCUGACAGAGUUGUUCCCGUUGUGUUUGGAGUGCAAGAGUCUCAUGAGCAUGGGGAACCAGCACGGCACCAAGAGUAAGCCCAACAUUUAUGCAGAGAGUCGGGAUGCUUUGCAGAAAUCCCCGAGACUACAGAUCCCUCGGAAGAGAAGGAGAAGAGUGGAGGGGUUCGGCUUCCAGCAGAACCUCAAGAUGUCUCCAUGGGCGCCGCUGAAGGCCAGAGGGCUGCGGAUAACGAGCUCUCCUAUCUUUGGGGAGUGGGAUUUAGAGGAAGACAGGCCGGUCAUGUGCACUCCUGCAGCCCGGAGGAAGAGAGUUAAGGGAAAGGAGAGAGUGCCAUCAGUGGAGGAGAGGAACAGGAACGCAGAGGAGCUAAAACCGGCCUGGAGAGUGAAGCUGCCGGAUGCAAAUGUUUCUAGCAAGAAAAGAAAGGAUCUAUCUGUGAAGGAGGAUUCUGACACGGAUAAAUCUGAAUAUGACAAUGACAUGUACUCAACGAAUAUCCUCAACACUAGGAAGACAGGAGACAGUACUCAGAAAGUCUUGCAGGCUGCAACAGACGAGGAAAAGAAGCCAGAAGGUGUAGAGGAGAAGUCCUCUCAAUGGGUGGGGAAGACGGCCGCGGCACGGAGAGUGAUGGGGAAGAUCGAGGAGGUGGAGGGGAUCAUACGCCGGGUGAGUCUCACCAGUUCGGACCUGAUGGGAGAAGGCAGCGACGGGAGAGGUGAGGAUCAGUUUAUCUCAGAUGGAUGCUUUGGUGAGACCCAGAACAAAGGGAGCAGCGGAGACGAGCCUCUGCUGGUGGAGGAGCUUCAAGCUCUGGGUGCAGCGCUGAGUCAGAGUCUCCGUCAGGUGCUGGAGAUGGAGGGAGCGAAAGCACAGAGCGACGAGGCCGAGAGGACUUCUCGUAAGACGAACCGCGCAGAAUCAACAAAACGGCCUCUGAAUCUACAGUCGUAUUCUCAAAGAUUCGUUGCGACUGUGCCAAAUAACUCAUCAACCCCGUCUCCGUCCAGCAUGUCUCCCAUCCUGUCCCCUCUGCUCUCGUCCAGCCGAAGCUUUCUGCACCGGAGCUCGACUGACCAGCAGGAUGAAGACAAUCCUGGGUGUCACAUGAAGUGGAGAAGCUCGGCUGAAGACCCCUCUCAGGAUGCUGGAGGCUGCGGUGGGACAGUCAAUGAUGAGAAGAAUAACAGGAAGAAGGAACAGAAUCUGUUGUACGGACACAACAGUGAGACAGAGUCCAGUUAUGAUCAUCUUCUCUCUUCAGACGAGGCUCUGCAGAGACAGGAGGAGAUCUGGCAGCAGGAGGUGGAGGAGUCUCUCUCCUUCUGCAGGUCACUGUCUCAUCCCUCCAGACCAAAACACAUCGACUUCCUGCGCAUCACAGCUGCUGAAGAUGACAUCGUUGAUACACCGCCAUGCACGCCUCUCCCACAGGAGUUACUGUCUGAAGCUUCGACCCCAGCAGAGGGAGAGGAGAGAACUCCUGGUCGUCUGCAAGCCGUCUGGCCGCCACUUAAAGAGGAAAAAGUUGGACUCAAGUACACAGAAGCAGAGCACCAGGCUGCACUGCUGCAGCUGAAGAGAGAAUGUAAAGAGGAGCUGGAGAAGUUACAGGAGGAGUUUGGUCAGGAGCUCUCCAGACUGAAGGUAGAGAACGAGGACAAUGUGACCCGUCUGGAGCUCGCUGUGGCCGAGCUGCAGGCAGAACUCUCCCAGGUCGGGACCUGCCGCCGCGGGGAGCUCAAAGACGUCGCUGUAUGGACCGGAGACGACUUUGUACACAAAUCCUUCCGCACGGUCUGCAUCCAGACCGACCGGGAGACUUUUGUUAAAACUCCUGAGAAUGAGGAAGUCUGUGUGAACCCUCAGCAGCAGAAGCUGACCCCCAGAAAGCUGGACCUGACAUCUAUCAGCCUCAGCCUGUCCGCUUCUUCACAUGACGCUCCGUCCCAAACUCUGCCUCCACCCGGAGCCUCACAGCCUCCAUCAGAACCUCCACCUGCUCCUCCUCAGACCACCAGGACACACAAUCUGCCUCCUCCUCCUCCUCCUCCACCUCCUCCUCCAUGUUUUCCUUCAACCAAAAACCACAUGCAGCCGUCAAAUGGUCCUCCACCUCCUCCCCCUCCUCCUCCACCUCCUCCUCCUCCAUCCAUACCAGGCUUAGCUCCACCACCUCCUCCUCCUCCUCCAUUCGGGAGUCUCAUCAUUGAAACUCCUCCCAGGAAACCGACGGUGGAGCCGUCCCGACCCAUGAAGCCUCUCUACUGGACCAGAAUCCAGGUCCAGGACAACAAGAACAAAACACUGUGGAACAUUUUAAAGGAACCAAAUAUCAUCAACGCCGGCGAGUUUGAGGAUCUCUUCGCCAAAACCACCACACAGACCAAGAGGAAGCCGCUUUCAGAGGCUUACGAGAAGAAAGCCAAAGCCCGGAAGAUCAUUAAGCUGCUGGACGGGAAGCGCUCUCAGGCCGUGGGCAUCCUCAUAUCGAGCCUCCACCUGGAGAUGAAAGACAUACAACACGCUGUUCUGACAGUGGAUCACUCUGUGGUGGACUUGGAGACCAUUGAAGCACUGUAUGAAAAUAGAGCACAGCCAGAUGAACUGGAGAGAAUCAGGAGACACUACGAGACGUCGGAGGAGGAGGAAGUUAAACUGCUGGACAAACCUGAACAGUUCCUGUACGAGCUCUCACAGAUCCCAGACUUUGCAGGCAGAGCUCACUGCAUCAUCUUCCAGUCGGCCUUCAUCGACGGGAUCGCCUCCAUCCAACGCAAGCUCAGCACAGUUUCAUCUGUGUGUAAGGCUCUGCUGGAGAGCGAUGGAGUGACGGAGGUGAUGGGGCUGGUGUUGGCUCUGGGGAACCACAUGAACGGAGGCAACAGGACCAGAGGUCAGGCCGACGGCUUCGGCCUCGACAUUUUACCCAAACUGAAGGACGUCAAGAGCAGAGACAACCGUAUCAGCCUGGUGGACUACGUGGUGUCGUACUACCUGCACAAUGUGGAUAAGAACGCCGGCACAGACAUGAGUGUGUUCCCGCUCCCUGAACCUCAGGACGUCUUCCUGGCUGCACAGGUCAAGUUCGACGACCUCACCAGAGACCUGAGACAGCUCGGACGAGAUCUGACAAGAUGUGAGAAAGAUGUACAGAAGGUUUGCUCUGAUUCUCCUGAAGAAAACCUGCAGCCCUUUAAGGACAAGAUGGAGGCUUUUGUUCUCAGUGCACGAAAAGAACACGCAGAAGCUUCUUAUCAGCAGAUGACCGUACAAAAAAGUUUUCAGGACUUGGUUCUGUUCUUUGGACUGAAGCCGAAGACGGGAGAGAAGGAGGUGACCACGGCUCAUUUCCUGAUGCUCUGGUUUGAGUUUUGUGCCGACUUCAAGGUCAGGUGGAAGAGAGAGAACAAGAACAUCUCGAAAGAAAGAUUAAAAGAAGCUCAGCUGUCGGUGAAGAGAAUCACAUCAGAGAAGAAGGUGGAGACCAGAAAGAUCAACCCCAACAGCCUGAAAGAGAGACUGCGUCAGAAAGAAGCCCAUCUGUCUUCAGCAUAAGAGAAUUAAGAGAAAGAAUGUAUAUAAAGCUGAAACAUCAGGACCAUCUAUGAUACCAAACAAACUGUUAAAAAAUAAACUGCAUAGCUUUUUUAAACCUGUUAUGUUAACCAGAGAAUGAAGAAAUCUUGAGUUUUGUUGUAUGACUUCCUAAAAAAAGUACUUUUAUUUUAAAGAUGUUAAAAGUGUAAUAAAUGUGCAAUAUUUAGAAUCCAACAUCAUAAACGUCAGUGUUGUAUUUAUAUUCUUGCACUGAACUUUAUACGCAGAAAAUUAUUUGCAUUGAUUUUCUUUAAUCCUGCUAGAAUAUUUUUUUCUACCAAUAAAAAUCACCGAUCAGAGAAUA